GAUCUGCAGACUAUCCCUGUGCACGGGGGAGGAGAAAGGGUGCUCAACCUCCACCUCACAGGGUCUCAGCCUGGCCUGGCAGCACCAUUACAUGGGCAACUGCUGCAGCAGCAUUUCUAAGGUGUCACCUGGGCACUCACAAUCUUUACAAAGUUCCAAAGCCCAGCGGGGGUGACAUCCUAGUGACAAGAGUCCCUGAUGUCGCUCUCCGGGCUCCGAGAAAAAGCCAGAUGAGGAUGACAGAGAGCUGCGUGGGAGGCUACUGUGCACCCAACAUGGAACUGUGGGGAAUGCCCAGACCCCGAUGUCCCAGGCUUCUGCUUGUCCAAACGUGUGUGUGUGUGUGUGUGUGUGUGUGUGUGUGUGUGUGUGUGUGUGUGUGGUGUGUGUGUGUAGGUGGGGGUAGAGAAUCACAGCUGAAUAAGGCAAAGUCUCAACAGUUCCCUGGAAACGGAAAUGUAGACAGAAGGCAAACGGUAAGGAGGGGCCGAGAGAGGCAGCAAUGGGGAGGGAAUGGGAGGGGCCUGUGCAGAGACCCCGCCCCCGGCCCACGUGAGCAGCGAGGAGCUACUGCCCCUGGAGGAGGCUCAACACACUGGAGGCACAGGACCGCACAAGUCCGGACAGCCGGGCUUGUGAGCGUUACUGGAGCCCAAGCUCUUAGCAUCGAGGAAAAGACAGAGGAGGCAGCAGACGCCAUGGAGCCUCGCUCAGCAUUUUCCCAAAGAGGGCACGUUCCCUGGCACGGAUUCCUGCUGGCAGUCUCACUCUUAACCUUCUGGAGCCCGCCCACCACUGCCCAACUCACUCUUGAAUUGAUGCCGCCCAACGCGGUAGAAGGGAAGGAUGUGCUUUUCCUUGUCCACAAUCAGAAUCAAGAUCUUCUACGCUAUGUCUGGUACAAAGGGGAAAGAGGAGACCCCAACCAUAUUGCAUCAUAUAGAACAGACACUCAGAGAAAUGAAACUGGGCCAGCACACAGUGGUCGAGAGACAAUAUACCCCAAUGGAUCCCUGCUGGUCCAGAGAGUCACCCUGGGAGACACAGGAUACUAUACCCUGCAGUAUACAAAAACAGACUUGAAGGCUGAAGAAGUAACUGGACAGCUCAGUGUAUUCCCACAGUUACCCAAACCCAACAUCACAAGCAACAACCCUAACCCCGUGGAGCACAAGGACCCUGCAGUGUUCACAUGUGAACCUGAGAUGCAGAACACCACCUACCUGUGGUUGAUCAACAGUCAGAGCGUCCAGAUCAGUCCGAAGCUGGAGCUGUCCAAGGACAACAGGACCCUCACGUUACUCUAUGUCACAAGGAAUGACAUAGGACCCUAUGAGUGUGAAUCCCGGAACCCAGUGAGCGCCAGCCGCAGUGACCCACUCUACCUGAAUGUUCUCUAUGGCCCGGAUUCCCCCACCAUUUCUCCCUCAGACACCCAUUACUGUCCCGGGGCCAACCUCAGCCUCUCCUGCCACGCAGCCUCUAACCCACCCGCACAGUAUUCUUGGUUUCUCAAUGGGAGUCUCAAGCAAUCCUCACAGGAGCUCUUUAUCACCAACAUCACAGCGAAUGAUAGUGGAACCUAUACCUGCCUUGUCCAUAACUUUGUCACUGGCCGCAACAAUACCGCAGUCAGAAAUAUCACACUCACUGAGUUGGCAAAGCCUGUGAGAGAGCCUACCCUCCUAGCCAGCAAAACCACAGUCACAGAAUAGAAGGACGCUGUGGUCCUGACCUGUUCAAAUGACACUGGGAUCUUCAUCCAGUGGCUCAUCAGUGACCAGAGUCUGUGGCUCAUGGAGAGGAUGAAGCUGUCCCAGGAUAGCAGCACACUCACCACAGUCUAUGUCACAAGGAAUGACAUGGGACCCUACGAGUGUGAACUGCAGAACCCAGUGACUGCCAACCGCAGUGACCCACUCUACCUGAAUGUUUCCUAUUCAAUACAGCCAACUCCUGUCCAGCCAGGUCCUGGCCUCUCAGAUGGGGCUAUUGCUGGCAUCGUGAUUGGAGUCCUGGCCGGGAUAGCUCUGAUAGCAGCCUUGGUGUACUUUCUGUAUAUCAGAAAGACUGGAGGGGCAAGCGACCAGCACGAUCUCACAGAGCACAAACCCUCAGCCUCCAACCACAGUCAGGGUCAUUCUGACAACUCACCUAACAAGGUCGAUGAAGUUGCAUAUUCUUCCCUGAACUUCAAUGCCCAGGGAUCCAAAACACCAACUUCACCUUCCCCAUCCUCAACAACCACAGAAACGCUUUAUGCAGAAGUGAAAAAGAAGUAACGCAACUUGCCCUGCUCACUGCACUGCUGAAUUAUUCCAAGCUUCUCAUCUCUGUCACGAGGAGAUCCCUUUACUCUCAGGAAAAAGGAGAAGCUUCUUUUCCCCUCUUCACUCCCUCAGGAGGCACCUCCCCACUGCCUGGUCACAGCCCCUCCCUUUAGUGUCAACAGACGGAAAGGUACAUCCGGAGUCUGUAGGAAGCCCAACCGUCUUUGUUAUUGAGAUUUGGCAAAGCAGACCUUGAGAUAGAGCUGCCAGAAACUCCUGCCCUUUUCCUUUUCUGACCUAGACUCGCUCUAAACUUCCCUUCCAGAGCACACUCAUUCCUUCCUAUCUCAGUCCCCUCCUGUUGGAGUCUAACUUGAAUUUGCCAUAACCUUGAGAUUUAUAUCCUUAUCCACUGUGCCAGAAAAGAAGAAAGGGAAAAAGUAAAAGCUUCUCCUAUUUCUCCAAAUCCCAGGGUAAACCCACCACACACAGGAAAAAAUAUAUACAUAACCAGUUUUUAACUGGAAAAUUCUACACUUUUGUCCACUGUCAGGGUGUCUACCUGUAGAACCAGAGAGUAAAACACCUUGCUGCUUGGCUGGAAUACCACCUAAGCCCUUUGGCAAGCCUGUCUUCAGAAAAUCCACUAGAAGCAGCUAGGAAAACUAUAGGUGAUUCCCAAUGGAAAAUUUUUUACAAAUCAUGUAUUUUUAAAUAACUUCAUGGCUUUAGUUAAGGAAAUGGGAAGAAGAAGGGAGUUACAGAGAGCUACCCUUCUGAGAUUAUUUAAGUAAUUAUUAAAAAAUGCACAAUUUGAGGUAUUGGGGGUUUUGUUUCCGUUUCUCUGAGACAUACCACCAUUUUAAUUUUUGUGUCUCCUUAUUUAUGUGAAAGGGGUUAUUUUUACAUACUUAGCUUAGCUGUAUAAGCCAAUCUAAGAGCCUUAGGUAAAAGAAGCCACCAAAACCUCUCAAGUCCCCUUGGCUAGGAGUUCCUCAAGGCCUUCAUGUCAGGGGCUCCAAAUAGAAAAAAAAAAAGGAGUUCUCUUACUCAUGGCUAGAAGAGGAUCUAACUCAGUUUCCAGGCAUCUCAGGCCAAUCAUCAACCACCAUUCUAUUGCAUGUUUCUGCCUGUGCAUGUUUGUCUGUCUGCCCCACUCACUUUCUCAGGAAACCUUGGCCUCUGCUAAGUUUGAUUCUUGAGAAGUGGGCGCCCUGAAGGGAACACUAUCACUCACGCUGUUGACAUUGUUUACAACCUAGAAAGCUGCACUGGUGCUGAUGCUCAUUAGGACACGGAGUGGGGGAUUAUAGCUGGGCCCUAGGUUUCUUGAAGAGUCUCUGGAAUUUGUUGUCUCCCAUGGGGUCUAUGAGUCCCAAUGUGUCAGAAUAAAAAGGAAGGGCAGGAGAAGGAGAGGCAAAUGUACUUCCCACCCAGCCUUUACACAGAUGGACUCUCCUUGGGGCUGUUGAGAGGAAGGUUUCAUUUGAUAUUGAUUGCUUGAUCUCAUGCUGUGUCUAAGAGGACCCUCAAAGAGGGUUAGUUGGGAGUUCUAUGUACUCAGGUACCUCUUUCAGGGUUUUCUAACCCUGACAGACUGUAUAUAAUUUCCCUCAUCCAUGCUAUUCUGUUAUUUAAUUUUGCCUGGCUAAGGCCACUCCUGAAUUAUUUGUAAAAUUGGCUCUAUAUUUAUAAUAAAAAUUAUAUAUCAGACAUCAA